ACUGGACCAUGGCGGCGGCGGCCGCUCGGCGGCCCUGGGCCCUGCUGCGUCUGCUGGCGGCCGCGCUGCUCUUCCCUGGAGCGGCCGCACUGCAGUGUUACUGCCACCUCUGCACGAAGGACAACUUCACCUGUGUGACAGACGGGCUGUGCUUCACCUCGGUGACACGGAUGGCAGACAAGGUCAUCCGCAACAGCAUGUGCAUAGCGGAGAUUGACCUGAUCCCCCGGGACAGGCCCUUCAUCUGCUCCCCCUCCUCCAGGGACAGGGUCUCCACCGUGUCCUACUGCUGCGACAGAGAUCACUGCAACAAAGUAGACCUCCCCAUCCCCACGCCAGGCCCUACUCCAGGAAAAGCAGCUUCCAACCUAGGACCUGUGGAACUGGCUGCUGUGAUUGCUGGGCCUGUCUGCUUUGUCUGCAUUUCACUGAUGUUGAUCCUGUACCUGUGUCACAACCGCACUGUCAUCCACCACCGCGUGCCAAGUGAAGAGGACCCCUCCCUGGAUCGCCCCUUUAUAUCGGAGGGAACUACUUUGAAGGACUUAAUUUAUGAUAUGACAACGUCAGGCUCUGGCUCAGGUUUACCUUUGCUUGUGCAAAGAACCAUUGCAAGAACUAUAGUGCUGCAGGAAAGCAUUGGGAAGGGUCGCUUCGGAGAGGUCUGGCGCGGGAAGUGGCGAGGGGAAGAGGUCGCUGUGAAGAUCUUCUCCUCCAGAGAGGAGCGCUCCUGGUUCCGGGAGGCAGAGAUCUACCAAACAGUCAUGCUGAGGCAUGAGAACAUCCUGGGCUUCAUAGCUGCAGACAACAAAGACAAUGGUACGUGGACCCAGCUGUGGCUGGUGUCAGACUAUCACGAGCACGGAUCGCUCUUCGAUUACCUCAAUAGGUACACAGUGACAGUGGAAGGAAUGAUCAAACUGGCUCUGUCCACUGCCAGCGGCCUUGCUCAUCUUCACAUGGAAAUUGUUGGCACACAAGGCAAACCAGCAAUUGCCCACAGAGAUCUGAAGUCCAAAAACAUCCUGGUGAAGAAGAAUGGAACCUGCUGCAUCGCAGACCUGGGGCUGGCGGUGCGGCAUGACUCGGCCACCGACACCAUCGACAUCGCCCCCAACCACCGAGUGGGCACAAAGAGGUACAUGGCCCCUGAGGUGCUGGAUGACUCCAUCAACAUGAAGCACUUUGAGUCCUUCAAGCGCGCAGACAUCUACGCCAUGGGCUUGGUGUUCUGGGAGGUCGCUCGGCGCUGCUCCAUCGGCGGAAUCCAUGAAGAUUACCAGCUGCCAUACUAUGACCUGGUGCCCUCAGAUCCUUCUGUGGAAGAGAUGAGGAAGGUUGUGUGUGAGCAGAAGCUGAGGCCCAACAUUCCAAACAGAUGGCAGAGCUGUGAGGCACUGCGGGUGAUGGCCAAGAUCAUGCGCGAGUGCUGGUACGCCAACGGCGCCGCCCGCCUCACGGCGCUGCGCAUCAAGAAGACUCUCUCGCAGCUCAGCCAGCAGGAGGGGAUCAAGAUGUGACCUGGCCUUGCCCCGAGGGAGCGCCCUCACAGCCCUGCCAGAGUGGCUGCGAAGAGGAUCAAUUGUUCUACCUCACUGGGGGAACAGAAGGAUAUUGCUGCCUUUUAGUACUUCAUAGGAACAUCACUUGGUAGGAUCUUCGUGGAUGUGCUGAGCGGUUGUGUUGGGUCCUUUCUGUGCACUAUGAACCUCUUUCCCGGGUUCCUUGCAAAGCAUCGUGUAGUCUAGUCACGGUUUUAUUAACCUCUGAUGUUUUAUUUGGAACGUGGAGGGGGGCUGGUCUGAACUUGCAGUUGACUCUGCUGAAGACAAGAGGUCACUGUUGCAACCCAGCUGGUUCCCGGUAGCGUUCCAGAACGCGGGGAUGACUCUGGAGGCAGCUUCCCUCCUGGCUGGUGCAGUGACUCUCCUGUCACAGCUCCUGGAUUCAGCGUGUGCUGCUGGAGUGUGCUUUGUGGCUGUUCAGGUAGUGCAUCUCCGGGGCUCUUACCUUGGUUUGCAAACUGACCUCGCUCAGUAGCAGGAACAGGAUUUAUGCAACUGCAGCUGAUUGCUAGGGGGUUCCCACUCUUUCAGAGCACCCCACUGCCUUCAAACCAGAUUGUACUGUACCAGAAAGUGCCACUUUGCAGCCUCUUCUGUGCAGCAGCAGGAGCAGACCAAGCCUGUGGUACAUUUGGUUUCACAAACAUUUAAAAUCAGCUGUACCUUUGCCUAGCUAAAGUCUGAAUCGUGUUCAUUGCAGCAAGUCCAUGAUCCAUGGAGUGUCUUUAAUUUCACCAAAAUCUGACUCUAAACCACUGUAGUUGCUUCAAAGAGUGUAAGCUAGUUAAUUAACUGUCUGGUUUUGUAAUUGUCAAAUCAUGAGUCAUCAUUUUUGUAUAAGAUUUUUUUUCCAUGGUGCUUCUGAAAUGCUGGGAGUACCUCUGCUUCAGAAAAGCAGCGAGAGCGAUAAGAGGUUCUUAAGGGAGACUUGGCUCCAUGAAAUCAAACACGAAAAGCAUCUUUUCUGUGCAGUUCUGCGGAGCCUUAAGGCUCGGGGAACAAUAUCUGCAAUUAAACAAGGAUUAAGUGCACCUGUAAUUAGGGAGAAGUUAUUUGAGCUUUUGCACUCGAAAGUUCAAAGCUGCUUAUAAAUUGUCUGUGUGUGUUUUGUGUGUGCCUCGUACACAGAGAGUGGUGAGCUGCAGCUCUUUGGAUACAAACACCAGAGGAUUCCAGCAAUCCUCUUCAUAGUUACAAGAACAAAGCUUCUGGUGGCUCUGUUGUAAGAACACAGAGGAGUCUGCAUGGCUUCGGGCAAGCUUUGCCAGAGGCUUUGCAGGACAUCCCAGGCUUUUCACAGACUACUUUAGAAAGGAAACCACUUGAGGGGAGUGGGGGCAUUAGUAUAGAGAGUUCUCUGUGCACAGCUUCUUGCUGCCAGGGUAUUUAUUUCUUCACUGCAGGUUUAGGAAGGCUCUAGUUGGCCUUUGGGUUUCAUUAAUGCCCAAAGCACCCAGCAAUGUUACAGUGCCUGGCAAUUCAUAUGCCACCUGAGCUCUUGCUCUCAGAACACAUCACUGUCCAUCCAACUCAGACAGCAACCUUAACUGCUCUCCUUUCACCCUCAGCGUUCAGUCCUCUUGAGUUUUUCCACAGAGCUAGGAGCAGUGCAGGGUGGUUGCUAACAAGAGGAGAGCUCAGGUCUCCCAGUCUUUGGUCCGUUGUCAGUUACAGCAGAAGGGUGUGGGAGCCCAAUAAGCAGGGGCUGUGUGGUGAUACAGGACUUGGGCCAUUAGGGUAGCACCUGGCUGGCUCUUCCACACCUCCACAUUCCCAGUGCUUUCUUGGGGAUGGUUUAAAUGAGGUGGGAACUGCAGACUUCAGAGGCUGCACUGCAGAUAAUGAAGUGCUUUAUUUCAGCCUGUUGUAGAAUCUGGGUUUGCAAUACAGCUGUCAUGUGCCUGCUUGUUUGGCACUGGGCAGCCAGGCUUAUUGCUUCGGGCCUCUGUCAAAGCUGGGUCAGAAAUGACUGCUUGCAGGUAUUUGCAGUGCACCAUUGCCUUUGUGCAAGGGGACAGCUGUGCACACACAGCACUUAUGGCUGUUCUGAAGGAGGAUUGGGGUGAACUCUCAGGUCUGCCUACUUGAUGUGCCUCUGACAAGCUCUGUCUCUAGAGAAGCGUUGAAAGCCAACAGGUCAGUGUCAGAAUAGAAUUUACUGUAUUGGCAAACCAAUGUCAGAGGCUUCUUUGAAAACCAGUUUUGUGACAUUUGGAGCUUCUUACUGGUGUAGCUGGACCCCGAACAGUUAAGAUGACGUCAUUCAUACUUCAGAGC